UCCGUUAGCUUUCCGAGGACCUUCUUAAAGCGGCGAUCAGAGAAAAAAAAUACUGCUACGACUCAGGAAAGAGAGAACGUGUAGACAAGUAUUUCAGAUUACUCAGAGAUAAUUUUGUCGUAUUAAGACCGUAUAGUUAUUUAAAGUCACCCUAGUGCUGUUCGUUUCUUCCCAUUACUGCAACAACCCAGCCGGUGUACGAUUUGUGGGUGGGCUUUAUCCCAUUCCCCAGCUAGUUGGCUAGCUAGCUAGCUAAGGGGCUAGAUUAGCUAGCUAGCCGACGAACGUCAACUAUAGCUCAACCACUUUCCUACACAGCCGGCAUACCGCUGAAAUCAAUCAACGUGCUAAUUGGAUUGUUGGGACUUUCCAGCUCUCGUCGUCGCCAGAGUCAUCGUUUGCCUGGAAGCUGUUUGUCUGAAUCUGCAAUCUGCCAUGGACGGUGACGCUUGUGUUGAAGAGAAGAUUGGAAGUGGUGAUGCUGUGGAUCAAGUUACAAAACCAGCAACAGCUCUACAUAAAUAUACCAAGGAGGAGCUUCUUUAUAUAAAAGAGCUACCCAUCUCCAAUGAAAGGCCAGAAUGUCUCUCAGAGAAAUACGACAGUGAUGGCGUCUGGGACCCUGAGAAGUGGCGUGCCUCGCUAUAUCCCACCUCAGGACGCAACUCUCCGAUGGACUCUUUUAAAAAGGAUUUUUUGGAGGACAGAGUUCCACUUAAACGAAGAAUCCCAGAUCCGCGUGAACGGCUAAAGGAGGAUGACUUGGACGUCAUAUUGAGCCCACAGCGUCGCAGCUUUGGGGGCGGCUGCCAAGGCAAUGCUGCACCUGCUGUCCACGCCUCCCGACCAAUUAGCCCUCUUGAAAACAAAGAGAAUGAGAGUCUCCGUUUGGGAGGGACCCGUAGAAUUGGAAGCGGCCGCAUCAUUGCUGCCCGAGCCUUUGAGCGAGAAGCCCGCCUUGAGGAGAAGAGGGAACGGGAGCGAGACUUCAAGGAUAAAAGAUUCAGGAGAGACAGAGACUUUGGAGACAAACGUGUGUUUAGUGAAAGGAGAAGGAAUGACUCGUAUGCUGAGGAGGAACCAGAGUGGUUCUCUGCUGGUCCUACAAGCCAGUCUGAGACCAUCGAGCUCAUUGGAUUUGAUGAUAAAAUACUGGAAGAUGACAGACGCAGCAAGUCAAGGCGCUCAAGGAAGAGGACAGAGUCUGUGAAGGAGGUGGUGUGCAAUGGACUUCCAGAAGAGCAAGAAGUGAAUCUGCGCGCUACAGCUGAUCAGGAGGUUCCUCACCCAGAUGUGCUGACAGAGCAGUCAACUGGAGACUUUGACUUCAAUGAAUUUUUUAAUCUGGAGAAGACCAUGCCUGGAUUGGCAUCUAUGAUCGAGGAUGUUUUAGGGGAAGGACCUGUAUCAGCAAGCCGCUUCAGUCAAUGGUUCUCCAGUAACUUGAGCCCUUCGGGCAGCCACUCAAGCAGUCUGAGGUCCACUCCGCACGAGGAGCUGGAAAAACUAGCAGGACUUGAAGGCCUUGGGACAUCCUCAGGUCAAGGUCCCGCUUCAUACUUCACACCCAUUCAAUCGGAGGGCAAAGAGAAGGUGGACAUACUGGAACUGCUGCACAAGGCCAAAAUAGACCUAAAGCCUCUUCUCUCCACCCUUUCUGUCAACAAGGCUCGCCUACGGGAAAGCACUCACUCUGGAGCAGUGCUGUCUCUGGAGGAGGUGGAGGGGGAGAUGAAGGGCCUGAAACUAGGCUCACAACCAAAUGUGCAAAAUGUAGCCCCACCAAAAAGAGGAAAUGGGACACCCUUCAUGGCCGAGCAUUUAGAGGAGGCUUUGACUGGUGGCCCCAGUGUCCGCCCACGCCGGCGUGACACGGACAUGUCCGCUUUUAAUAAACUGGUCAGCAGCAUGAAGGCAAGUGGAACUCUACCAACUCAUCCAAAAUCCAGCUCAAGCAAUCCACCUUCAGACCAGUCAGUGGUGUCCCGAACUGAAGCUAAGAUGCCUCCACAGCAGCCAAAAAACAUAUUCCAGGAGCUCCUUGGAGGGCCGGCUCGUAGUCGUUCACCAACACUACUUGGCAACCUUUUGGGCAACUCUGAAGUUCCAGCGGCUCCCAGCACUCUACAUGGCCUGCUGCACAAGCCUCCGUCCCCACCUCUCUUUCCACAGCGAGCACUCUCACCUGACUACUUCAACAGUCGUUUACAGCAUUCAGCAGUACCCCAAGGCUUAUCUGUUGGUCCUCAGCCCAUGACGCCUGAACAAUUUGCUGAUGUACACCGGUCUGUCAGCCCUGUAUCUGCAGCCCAGCAGCAGAUGAGGGCGCUCUCCAUGCCAGUGAAUCAUGCAGAUCUGGAGGCACUAGCAUUUCAACAGGAUCUUGCACUACAUGCACACCACCAAUACCAGUCUGGCUACAACAGGCUUCCACAGGACACAUGUUUUCGAAAUCGUCCACAGCGACUUAACCGUUCACCUGGCCCAGGUGCCCACCCUGCAGGAAGAAUUUCACCUGGCAAUGCCGUCACCAGUAUGUUGUCUCCAUCAUUUACGCCCACAUCAGUGAUACGCAAAAUGUAUGCGACUAAAGAGAAAAGCAAAGAUGAUCCUUCGGGUCGAUCUGAGAUCAAAGAGGAGGCAGCAGCACAAGAUGGUAUAGAACCUUUUGUUGGCCUUCAGAGGUUCAUAUUUGAAUGUCUGAAUGUUGAAGUUUUUAAACCUUUCAUGACAGAAAACUCCCUUAAUCUACACCUGGAUGCAAUGGAAGGGAAUAAUGCCCAGACUGGUGGAAUGAAGUCCACCUCUCAGAGCUUGGCAAGCAAGGACCAGGAGCGACUCCGACCUCUUUCUGCUGGACAUCAUACAGCUACCACGACACUUCCAGGACCAUCCUCCACUUUCCCUCGACCUAUCUACCCGGUACCACUACUAUCCCAUGUACCAAUGGUGCGCCCUCCUCCCCAGCUCCACCCCAAUGUGGUUCAACAAAUGCUUGCACAGGGAAUUCAACCGCAGCAGCUAGCACCUACACUUGUCCAAGGUAUAUAUCCACAUGACCUUGCACAACUUCAAGGCUUGCCCCCUACUAUGCUUGGCCAACCGAUGUACCCUCUCAGCGCAACAGGAGGGCACCCGCUUCUACCUCCCAGAGCAAAUAGUCAGAUGCAGCUGGCAGUAAUGCAGCAGCAACUUCAGCAGCAGAGACAGAUGCAUCCAAUCAUCUCGGGCUUACAAUCUCAGAGCCAAGGGCCCCAUCGAACUAAUGGUCCCCAGCGGCACGGCAGGAGUCCCCCUCCAGGCCUGUCUAAGUGGUUUGGCUCAGACGUGCUGGAUCAACAACUCCCCUCCAUGCCAGCUAAGGUCAUAAGUGUGGACGAGUUGGAGUUCCGGCCAUAGGAAAAUGAACAGAGGUGGACUGCAAAAUAUAAUUUCACCUUCCCCCAUUUACUCUUCCUGAUCAAUGCAUUUAAAAAAUGUGAACUUUAAUUUGAAAGAUACUGCACACACCUGCACUGUCUUUUUGACUCCAAGCUCUUUAGGAUUAACAGAAAAUGGAAGAUUUGUUCCUUCAGCUAAGUGACUAUUUUGUUGUCCCUCCUUUUUGUAUUAGACUCUAGUAGUAAACUUGGGAGUAAGUUAUGUAUAUUCACAAUUGUACAAAUGAUGGGAACUUAUUUUGGUCCCCCUGUAUAUAGCAAUGCUUUCUUUUUCUAGGUAUAGAGGAGGUGAAAGUAUUGUGCAGUGUAAAUGCUGUAAAGACAGUCACUGUGAGCUUGUAGCACUCUUUCUCCUUGACUUUCAUUUUCCCCUCAAGAACUGCACUGAGAGCUACUGCAAGUGAUGGACGAGGUGAUUAUGCUGUGUACACUUCCCUUGAUCCUGGCUCUGUUCUGUAGAUGUGACGAGCUGGAUCAUUUCGAAACGACUCCGAGACUGCUGGUUGUGCCUUCUGUGUAACUGUUUUGAAUUUCCUUUGAAACUUGGUCCUCUCCCAUCAACCUGCCACAAGAAGAGGCAGGAUCACAAUUUUUGGAGGUGUAGGGGACUUGAUUUUUUGUGCUAUUAAGUUAUAAAGCACAUAUAGACUUAAAUAAAAUUGUGACUAAAUCAUUGGUAUAAA